AGGUGUAUUCUGGUGAUGCCUCUGCAGGUAUGUGAUUCCGAUGAUGACCAAGCAGAAUCAAUCGUCCGCACAAGAUGAACGAUGACGAUGGUUGCAUUUGCAUCUUGAUUAGAAGUGUCGUUAAAUUGGAUGGGACCCAGGGAUGUGUGGCAGCGGAGGACGGAGACUUGCAUCCGAGGAGAGCCAGUAGAGGUGGGAAGUCACGCCUGAUCGUGCCUGUCUCCAAGCGUGACAUGUGCUUGCCUCGUCAGAUAGAGGGCGGCCCGCAGUCGUCAGCAGGAACACCACGACGGCAAGCGCUAAUGCAGCUCAGGCAGGAACAAACUGCAAAUCGUCAGCUUCCAUGGUUCCAACACCACCAAGUCCCGUCUUUCCUUCCGUCGACUGCCGCCGUGCCUGAGAUCUUUCACGUACUGGAACGGGCAACAUCUUUCCUGGCUUCAGGUAAGCAGAGUAUCCUGAGAUGUGCCCUCGACGAAGGCGGGAAGGGACCUGAUAACUAUUCUUGUCGUCGUUCUUGUCGGUAAGCCAGCGUUAGUGGCUGGCUGCCUCAAGGAAGCCCGCGGGCGUUCUUUGGCUCCUGGCAGCCUGUAGAGGUAGACACCAAAGAGCAUCGCACAAGUAGCCUAGGUACCUACUAGCAAGAUUUGACAAAAUGCCAUGCG